AAGAAAGUCAUUAAAUAACUCCUCAGCAGCUCCGUUCUCUCUCUGUCUGUGUGUGUUUUUUUUCCCGUAUGUUGCGAAAGCAGAGCGACCAUGACUAUAACCUGCGUAGUAUGAACAGCCUGAUGGGCGAGCGGUGGAAGAAAGUCAACGACGGAGGAGAGCGGAGUCUCAUCAAAACUCCGUCCAGCGGCAGCCAGGCAGCCGCCGCUCCGUCCACCUCCUCCGGAGCCGCAGUCUCCUCUUCUUCUUCCACCGGCGACUUGGAGAGAGCCGCCCGCAAACAGUUCCAGCAAGAUGUCACGCCGGGCUUCGUCUACGUGCUGGCGGCUUUCUCCGCGCUGGGCGGCUUCCUGUUCGGCUACGACACCGGGGUGAUCUCCGGAGCGAUGCUGCUCCUCAAGAAGGAGCUGGACUUAAGCGCCCUGUGGCAGGAGGUUCUCAUAUCAAGUACUGUGGCUGCGGCCGCCCUGUCCGCGUUGCUGGGCGGCUUCCUGAACGGACUGUUCGGCCGGAGGGUGUGCAUUCUGCUGGCCAGCUUCUUCUUCACCGUCGGCGGGAUCGUGCUGAGCACAGCCCCCGGCAAGGAGGUGCUUCUAGCGGGGAGGCUUAUCGUAGGAGUGGGGCUCGGUAUCGCCUCUAUGACAGUGCCCAUGUACAUCGCUGAAGCCUCUCCGCCGCACCUCAGGGGGCAGCUGGUGACCGUCAACAUGCUUUUCAUCACGGGUGGGCAGUUCAGUGCCAGCCUUAUCGAUGGCGCUUUCAGCUACCGAAAGCAUGAUGGGUGGAGGUACAUGUUGGGUCUGUCAGUGCUUCCAGCACUGUUGCAGUUCAUGGGAUUCUUGUUCCUGCCGGAGAGCCCUCGUUGGUUAAUCCAGCAUGGUCUCACCCAGAAGGCCCGCCGUGUGCUCAGCCAGAUCCGAGGCAACCAGAACAUUGACGAGGAGUAUGAUAGCAUCAAGAACAGCAUCGAGGAGGAGGAGAAGGACAGCAGUGGAGAUGGUCCGGUGAUCUGGCGGAUGCUGACUUACCCGCCUACCCGACGAGCCCUCGUGGUGGGCUGUGGUCUUCAGAUGUUCCAGCAGCUUUCAGGAAUCAAUACUGUCAUGUACUACAGCGCCACCAUCCUGCAGAUGUCAGGAGUGCGGGACGACAGGCUGGCAAUCUGGAUGGCCGGCCUUGCCACCCUCACCAACUUCCUGUUUACCCUGGUGGGGGUGUGGCUGGUGGAGAGAGUGGGCCGCAGGAAGCUCACGUUGGGAAGCAUCAUGGGUACAUGUCUGAGUUUGACUCUGUUGGCCGUCGGUUUUCUGCUCUCUGCCCAGCACACUCCUCCAAUCACCUUCCACCCGUUAGACCCUUCCAUCGCCAACUCUACAUGCAAUAAGUACCAGCUGUGUGAGCCGUGCAUGCUGGACCCUGGAUGCGGUUACUGUUACCGUGAGAAUGGCUCUGCACUCCUCACCUCAUCCUGCGUCCCGGUCAAUAAGGUCUCCACUGAGCAGGCAGCGUGGGGCAGAUGCUCCAACUCCACUCAGAUGAGGGAGCACACCUACUGGGCCUACAACUACUGUCCCACCUCCUACUCCUGGAUGGUCCUACUGGGCUUGGUGCUCUAUCUGGCUGCUUUUGCCCCAGGGAUGGGUCCGAUGCCAUGGACCAUCAAUUCUGAGAUCUACCCUCUAUGGGCGAGGAGUACAGGGAAUGCCUGUUCGGCUGGAGUCAACUGGACCUUCAACAUCCUGGUGUCCCUUACCUUCCUCCAUCUGGCUCAGUACUUCACCUACUACGGGGCUUUCUUCUUCUACUCCAGCCUGGACUUGCUGGGCUUCUUCUUCAUCUAUGGCUGCCUGCCGGAGACAAAAAGCCGGCGUUUGGAGGAGAUCGAGGCCCUAUUUGAGAACAAGCUCUGUUCCUGCGGUGCCUCCGAUUCCGACGAGGGUCGGCAGGUGGAGUACAUCCGGGUCAAGGGGUCAAACUACCAUCUAUCAGACAAUGACGCGUCUGACGUGGACUAAGAGGAUUUUCUGUAUCGAUAACGUUCCUCUGGAUGUUUCAGUAACUUCAGUGAGGACUGAAACACGCAGAAAACGUUUGUAAAAUUUCAAUUGUGAGCCGAAGGAGAUGCUGGUUUCUCUCACUGAGACGUUAAGAAUCAGUGCUUGAAAUGCCUUUUGCUUGUAUCAGCCAGUUCACUUUCACUGCUGUAAACUCAACAAUUGGAAGUGAGACUUCAGCCAGAAGCAUUUUGUUUGGAAUCUCAAAUCGAC